AUGGCGACGCGCAGCGACGCGCCCGAAGUGCGCGAGUCCAUCGAGGCCAAAGUCAGCAACGAUGUCGAGAUGGUUGACGCCCCGGAUGCCAACGCCGCCGACGCGAACCAAACCGAGGCCACGGUCACCGCGAAGACGGGCGGUCCAGAGAGAAUGGAUGUCGAUGUCGACGCCGAUGCUGAUGCCGACGGUGAAGCGGAUGCAGACGCAGACGCUGAGGCGGAUGCUGAGGCCGAGGCCGACGCCGACGCGGAUGCCGAUGCCGAUGGAGAACCCGAUGACGACGCUGCAUCACCUGCAGAAUCCGAGCCUGGUGACCUACUGGAUGUCAUCCAUAUACUCAACACCACCCUGAGCAACUACAAGGACGAAGACGGAGAAUGGUGGGCGGCUAGUUUCCAGCGCAUCCCGAACAAGCGUCAGUUGCCCGACUACUUCGAGAUCAUCGAGAAUCCCGUCGCCUUCAGCACAAUUCGCCACAAGGUUCAGAAGAAGCAAUACACACAGUUCUCCGAGUUCGUUCGCGACGUUGCCCAGAUCUGCCACAACGCGCAGGUGUACAACCGCCCUUCCUCCGCCAUCUUCAAAAGCGCCACCAUCAUCCGAGAUCUGCUCAAGCAAGAGCUCCAGAAACUUAUCAGGAAAGGCAUCAUCAAACCGGAGGAGGCCGAGCUUCCGGAUCUAGGCGAGCUCCCACCCGCGGAAGACUCAUCCCCAGAAGCCGAGUCUGAAGAGGAAGAAGAGGAGGAAGAAGAGGAGGAGGAGGAAGAAGAAGAGGAAGAAGAUGACGACUCUGAAGAUGGUGGAAAGCGACGUCGCAGUAAGAGGGGUGGCCGGACCUCGUUCACCAAGCGCCAGCUUGAAGAAGCCAAGGAGGAGGACGAGCAUAAGAAGCGAGGUCGUCCCCCAAAGGUCUUGACCCCCCUCGAAGCUCGUAUUCACAACGUCAUCAAAGGCUUGCGUAAGGUUCAGUCGGACGACGGUGGCCUGCUCAUUGGUCCCUUUGAGAAGUUGCCCGACAAGACGGUGAACCCGGACUACUACCAAGUCAUCACCAACCCGAUUGCGCUCGACAACAUCAAGAGGAAGGCCAAAAGGAAGAAGUAUGCGACUGUGGACGAUCUCGUCAAGGACAUGGACCUCAUGUUCAACAAUGCCAAAGAGUACAACGAAGAAGGCAGUGACAUUUACGAGGCUGCCGUCGAAUUACAAAAGCAAGCGCAUGAGCUGGCGAGCCAGGAGAAGGCAAGAGCUGACGACGAAUUCCGUGAUGAGGAUGGGAAGCUGCCCUUGUCGGAGAUUCAGCACAACGGCCAGACUUGGCGAGUGGGCGACUGGGUGCAUAUCCGCAACGUCAACGACAUGGCCAAACCCAUCGUGGCGCAGAUCUUCCGUACCUGGCAGGACCGCGGCGGCCAGCGGUGGAUCAACGCCUGCUGGUACUAUCGUCCAGAGCAGACCGUCCACAGAUACGAGAAGCACUUCUUCGAGAACGAGGUGGCCAAGACGGGACAGUACCGCGACCACCAGAUCGAGGAGGUGCUUGAUCGAUGCUUCGUCAUGUUCGUGACGCGGUUCAACAAGGGCCGGCCGCGCGGGCUCCCGGCGGACAAGGAGGUGUACGUGUGCGAGUCUCGGUACAACGAAGCGACAUGCCGGUUCAACAAGAUCAAGACGUGGACCAGCUGCGUGCCGGACGAGGUACGCGAGAGAGAUUACGAGAUGGAGCUGUUUGAACAGCCGCGACGGCUCAAGAAGGUGCCCAGCCCGAUCAAGCAUCUGCUGCAGGCAGACGCGAAGGAGACGGACGAGCUGCCUAAGCCGACCUGGGGCGCCGCGAACGCACCGCCUAUCAUCGGUGCCGUGCAUCGGCGGCCUCGGGAAGCAAACGAAUCGCCCCCUCCCGAACCAACACCGUCGCCACCGCCGCCUGUGGCCCAGGAAGCGGCACGACGCCCUUCUGUCCUCCAGGCGAUGCGCCAGACGCCCAGCGACAUAUCGAUGGGAAAUCCUCCUCUUACGCCGUACGGGCACGGAAUGGGAGCCGCGCCAUCUCCGUCGCCCGCCAUGUACGCGCAGCAGCAGUACACACCCCAGCAUGCGUCGGCAUCACCGGUCGCGGUGCCUCACCAGACGCCGGUGCCUCUACCCCAACUUCCUCCUCACCAAGUGUCUCAUUCUCCGCAGCCCAUCCGUCCCAUGUUCCAGCAGCACCAGCAGCAGCAGGGAUUCGCGCCUAGCCCGUUCCAACAACACCAGCAUCAGCAACAACACCCGCACCCGCAGCAUCCACAGCAUCCACAGCAUCCACAGCACCACCCCCACCCGCAGCAGCAGCAGCACUUGCACCACGUCCAGCAUCAACAGCAGCAGCAGCACCACCACCAGUCGCCCACUCUGCCGACGCCGCCCCCGCCCCAGUAUCAGCAACACCAGCAAUUACAGCACCACCAACACCAGCACCACCAACAACACCAGUCCCAGUCCCAGCACCAACACCACCAUCAGGCCCAAGCGCCCGUCCCACAGCACCAACACCACCAACCACACCACCAGAUGCAUCCACAAAUGAUGCCAGCAAACCCUUUGGGCCCGACCUACAAUCACCAUUCAAUGCAGCCUCACGCGCCUGCAGCGCGCACACCCAUGGCUUCGACACCCAACGCCGUGCAGCCGCACAAUGCCUACAACCUGCCGCGGCCCCCUGAGGUGUUUACGCUGCCCGACGCCAUCAACGACCAGAUCCCCGAGGAGGUACGCAGCCGCUACAACAGGGACGAGCACGGCAGAAUCUUUUUCUUCACCACACCGCCCGUCGCCCGCCCGGAACAUGGCCUCGCGCCUGAGAACGCCAACUCGGGCCACAGCCUCGCAUACCUCGCCAAGAGCAACCCGGAAUGGCUGUCGGACCGCACCACCCGCGCCAAAGCCUUUUCUGUCGCCAAGCAGAAGGAGCUCAAGACCAAGAUGGCCAUCGACGACAUCACCCAGGGCAAGACUCUUGAGGAGUUGCACGAGUGGGCCAACGAUUCCUGGGCUCUGUACUGGAAGAGCCAUGCGCAGGAGACUAGUCGCAUGCGCGAGGAGGGCGACCUGGCCGAGCACGAGCGACUAAUGGCCGAGCAGCGCCGCAGCCGAGUCAAGUCCAGAAGGGCACGCGAUGAGGAGACGGAGAGGGCUGAAGCGACCAAGAAGGCCAACUACCUUGACGACAUUUACCAUGCCCACUCCAGUCUGCGGUCGUCCAAGCCGCGUGCUGCGUGA